AUGAUGGGGAAGAACGACCUAGAACGUUACUAUGUUGAUGCAAUCAAUGAUAUUGCAUCCGAUUGGCGCACUAAAUUUAUCGAUUCAGCAUUCCAAUCGACCGAUGCCGGUGUUGGUCCCAAGGCAACUCAGGAUGAUCUCAAGCACCACAAAUCAUUCAUAGGCCCCAAGUUCGCUUCGGCUCUAAACGCCCACUUGAGCGCGAAUCCGCUUUCAAGUAGAGGACCCUUUGUGUUAGGAAAAGAUAUCACAUACGCCGACUUUGUUAUCUUUCAGAUUGCGCAUGACGAGGACUGGCUAGGACUCGACACCAAUCCACGUCUCAACGAACUGGUUCAGGCCAUGAAAGCACGCCCGCGUCUUGUCGAGUACUUCAAGAGCGAUCGUUAUUAUAACUACGAGUUUUCUCCUGUACCUCCGAGACUUCCAGCAUGUUACGGGCUGAUUAAGAAUUUUCACGAGGACCGGCAGGAAAGCCGUGAAGACGUGCCUAAUUUGGCAGUGUUAACCGAAGCCAAGCAUACAUCUGUAGAUGCGGAAGCAGAUCAUUUGUGGGAGCCCCUGAAUUCUUUGAAUUCUUACAAAUGGCGGCAGACAUGUGCACGUUGGGGCGUUGUCCCUGAGGAGAUGUAUUCAGCUGCUCCGGGUCCUGCGGCGGCGGCGACUGCUUUGGGAUGUACGAGCGCUGCUCCUCUACUGCACAAAAGCGUCAGAAUGUCGCUCAAGGGAGCUAGAAGAGCACUUUUAUUUCUUGCCACCCCUCGAACCUGCAAUCUAGACAAAGUCUACGCCUCUGAAUCAAACGCGUUGUGGAGCAAGAUGGCCCCUUUUUCCCAAUGGCCAAGAUUUGAUUCUAGAUUUAUGGAAAUAUACCAAGAUAGUAAACUCGUCAAACGCAAUGAAAAUUUAGCUGGUACUCGAACAGAAGAUGGCCUCCAGCAGAAGCCCAGCCGUAGCGCAAUUUCUAUAGAAGAGUGGAUUUAG